AUGGGCCACUUUUUCACUCCCCUUCCCCCAUGCUUCCACUCCCCUUCCCCCACGCUUCCACUCCCCUUCCCCCACGCUUCCACUCCUCUUCCCCAACGCCUCCACUCCCAUUCCCCUACGCUUUCACUCCCCUUCCCUCACUGUUCCACUCCCCCUUUCCCCACGGUUCUACUCCCCUUCCCCCACGCUUCCACUUCCCUUCCCCCAUUGUUCCACUUCCCUUCCCCUACUGUUCCACUCCCCUUCCCCCACUGUUCCACUCCCCCUUCCUCCACCCUUCCACUCCCCUUCCCCCACGCUUCCAAUGCAACAUCCCCCACUGUUUCACACCCCUUCCCCCACGUUCUACUCCCCUUCCCCCGCGGUUCUAUUCCCGUUUCCCCACGGUUCUACACCCCUUUCCCCACGGUUCUACUCCCCGUCCCCCACGGUUCUACUCCCCUUCCCCUACUGUUCUACUCCCCUUGGAGAGAGUGCAGGGUAGGGGAAUGUGAGAGUGCAGGCGAGGUGACUUCGGUUAUUUUAGUCACGAAGUCAAAAGCACACGACUCCAUUCCUUCUUACCCCUCCGACCGCCCUCACCUCCCCGUCCCGAAUUCCUCUUUUCGCCAAUCGCGCGUCAUGUUGGCGCUGGGCGUGGAGGGGUCGGCGAACAAGCUGGGCGUGGGCGUGGUGCGCAGUGACGGGAGCAUUCUGAGCAACCCGCGCUGCACGUACAUCACGCCGCCCGGCCACGGCUUCCUCCCGCGCGAGACGGCAGCGCACCACCAGCAGAAAAUUCUGCCGCUCGUGGAGCGCGCGCUGCGCGAGGCGGGCAUAGCACCGGGGGACAUAGACUGUCUGUGCUACACCAAGGGGCCGGGCAUGGGCGCCCCUCUGCAAUCUGUUGCCAUCGUCAUCCGCACGCUCGCCCAGCUGUGGGGCAAGCCCGUAGUGCCGGUGAACCACUGUGUGGCGCACAUAGAGAUGGGGCGCUGCGUGACUGGUGCCCAUGACCCCGUGGUGCUCUACGUCAGCGGAGGCAACACGCAG